UAUUGUGGUGAUCGAGUUCCACGGUAACAUGCACACGAUGGUUGUUGAUUGAAGCCCAUGACUAGGAUUCCAACAUGUCAAGUGUAAAUUUUUGGUUUAAGUUUUGUAGGUGCUCGAGAUCUUUUGGCAUUUUACCUUUUCUUCUACCAUCCCGCUGAAACGAAAAUUGUAGGUAGAGUAUAUAAACACCGAUGGCGGCCAUUUUUAUUUCUCUCGGCUGAGCAAAGCAAAGCCAAGCGUUGAGAAUGGCGACAUUUCAGUUGUCGUUGCAGAAAAGCAGUGGUAGUGGAUUCAAUUGCUCCGAUGCUGUCAGAAGGCCUCUUCUCGGACUCGCGAGGAAAAGUCCUCAAACAAGAACAGACUUCCGAGCCACUGAAAAUUUCACUGUUCGGAAGCAAUCUGCAGAAAAGCUUGUGCAAGAUCAGGCUAGCGCAAAUAAUGACCUUCAAAAUUUGAAUUCCAAACUGAAGAAGUCUUCAGAGCAAAUACUUCGACUUGAACUAAAGUUGCAGCACAUCAGUAAUGAAAAUGACAAGCUUAAAGUGAAGCAGAAAGAAGAUGCAAAAAUUUGGAGAGGGUUGGACUCAAAGCUGUCUUCCAUGAAGAUGAUAUAUGAACAAUUUACAGAGACUUUACAGAAUUUGGCCAUGAAUGUAGAAGAAGCUGAAGGUAGCAAGCAAAUUUUAGAGGACAAGCUGACUGAAAGAUUGAAAUCAUUUGAGGAAUUGAGUGUUCAUUUGAAUGCUUUGUCAUCAAGAUUGAACACUGCAGAAGAAAUUACUAAAAAACGUGAACUUGAGUUGCAAGAACUUUUAGUUGAGAAGGAGCAAAUAAGUGAAUCGUAUGAUGCUGAAGUUAUCAAAGCAAACCUGCUUAUUGCUGAAAAAGAUCAUAUUGAAAAACAACUGCAAAGUACCAUUGAAGAAGACAAUAGAGUAGUGGAAAAUGUCCAAGCUCAUCUCAGGGAGCUGGAAAGAAAGUUGUCCCUCAAAGAAAAUGCAUGUGCAAGCCUGCAUGUCACACAGUCCAAAUUAGUAACAGAGAAAGCUCAGCUCAAGACUCAGAUACAAGAAUACGGAGAGAAAUUAUUAAAAUCAGAAAACCAGAGAGAGGUGCUCAGAGAUGAGAUUUUAAGACUCUCAGACAAGGUUAUUGAACUGGAAACGAUAUCUGUUGUGGCAUCAAACAAUGUGGAUAGGUUACUGCAAGAAAUAGAUAAAAGCACUGAGUUGGCUCAAAAGGAAAAACGAUUAGCUAGAGAGAAAGCUCAGAUUGAAUUUGAUCAUCUUAAUGGACAGUUCCAAGAUGAGCUUUCUGCAAAAGAAAGUUUGCAAGCACAACUUCAAGAGUCAAAUAAUCAGGUCAUAGAGCUUCAGAAAACCCUGGAUCUUAGAACAGAAGAGCAUACGAAGAAAGAACAAGAAGCUCAUGGAAAACUUGAUGAUGCUAGGCAGGAAUUGGAUAAGGUUAUCAAAAACAAGUGUCAGUUGGAAACUACAAUUGGAAACUGGCAAGAAAAUAUUGCUUCCUUGUCACGUUCUCUCAGUGAAGCUCAAAAGCAUAAGGAAGACCUAAUGAUCACCAUUUCAAAGUUGCAAACAGAAAAUAAAGAUGCACAUGAAAGUUUUCAAUUGACACUGCGACACAAAGAAGAGGAAAAUGAAAAACUUCUCAAAAAAAUUGCAGAAGAUAAUCUAACCAUCAAAGUGCAGGAGACAGAAAUAAGUCAACUUCAGCAGGAAUCAUUCAACAAAGCUCUGAUGAUUGUGCAGAUUCAAGAAAGAAUAAAAGAAUUAGAAGAACAGAAUGGCAAGAAAGAAGAGGAAAAUGGAAAACUUCUCAAAAAUAUUGCAGAAGAUAAUCUGACCAUCAAAGUGCAAGAGACCGAAAUAAGCCAACUUCAGCAGGAAUCAUUGAACAAAGCUCAGAUGAUUAUGCAGGUUCAAGAAAGAAUAAAGGAAUUAGAAGAACAGAAUGUCAAGAAAGAAGAGGAAAAUGGAAAACUUCUCAAAAAAAUUGCAGAAGAUAGUCUAAGCAUCAAAGUGCAGGUGACUGAAAUAAGUCAGCUUCAGCAAGAAUCAUUGAACAAAGCUCAGAUGAUUGUUCAGGUUCAAGAAAGAAUAAAGGAACUAGAAGAACAGAAUGGCAAGAAAGGAGAGGAAAAUGGGAAUCUUCUCAAAAAAAUUGCAGAAGAUAAGUUGGCCAUCAAAUUGCAGGAGACUCAAAUGAAUCAACUUCAGCAGGAAUUACUCAACAAAGCUCAGAUGAUGUUGCAGGUUCAAGGAAGGCAAAAGGAAUUGGAAAAACAUAAUGGCAAGAUUAGCGCACAACUACUUGCAGCUGGACAUUCAGCCAUUGAAAUCAGAAGGCAAUGCGAAUUACAGAUAGAAGCAAAGCAGGCAGAGCUUACUAGACAUCUAAAAGAAAUAUCUCAACACAAUGAUCAAGAAAUAAAUGAUAUUCGGAGGAGGUGUGAAACAGAGAUGAGAGAAAGCAUUAUAAAGGAGAAAGAGAAAGAAAAAUUGAAGGCAGAUGCAAUGCUCGAGGAGGCAAAGAAAAAUACUGAGCAAAGAGUUGCAAAAAUACAAGAUGAUGCAUCCCGUUGUUUACAGAAAGUCGAAGGAGAACAUGAAUCAUUAGUAAAACGACUUAUGGAGGAACGUGACAAUGAAAAGAAGUUGCUUCAUGAGCAAUAUGCAAAGGAGAUGAACAAAAAGAAACAACAGUUUGAGAAAGAUUUGGAAGAGCAACAAAAAAUGCUCACGAAAGAUGCAGAAAUCAAAGUUAAAGACCUGCAGAUUAUGCACCAAGAAGAAGUGAAGAAAUUGCACGAGGAACAAAACCUGCAAUUGAAAAAGGAAGAAGAAAAAAGAGCCUCCAUUGAAUUGCAGAUCAAGAUUAUGAAGGAGAAAAUUCUGCAAGAGACACAAAGAAAAGAAGAUGAUCUACGGAUGAACUUGAAUAAGGGUCCUGAUCCUGCAGCAGUUCAGUUGUCUUCAUUGCUCAGAUUCAUCCUGGAUUUUGUUGAUAAUCAGUAA